UUUUGAAGGCUGGGCUUGUGUCGGUGGUGACAGUGCAUUUAGGGUUACUGGUCGUUUACUUUCGAUAUUAACUGCUUUGGACCUGAUAGCUGAAGCAUACUGUUUUUGGUGCUCGCAACAAAAUCAACAAUGAGAGCAAUCAUCACUUUCACCCUGUUCUGUGUGCUGUACAUCACUGUACAAGCUAAAACAUCCAGUCCCAAGGUUCAGGUGUACAGCCAUUUUCCUGGAGAGUAUGGAAAGGAGAACACCCUGAUCUGCCAUGUGAGUGGCUUCCACCCUCCUGAUAUCACCAUUGAUCUGCUGAAGAAUGGCGAAGUUCUCCCUAGUACCCAGCAAACUGACCUGGCCUUCGAAAAGGGCUGGCAGUUCCACCUUACCAAGAGCGUCUCCUUCAAACCAGAGAGAGGAGAGGAAUACUCCUGCAAAGUUCGACACAUGAGCAACACAAAUAAUUAUUCUUGGGAGCCCAACAUGUAAAGCUAAAACAGUCAAAGCCGGACAAAGGACAGUGUGUUUUUAUUUCCUUUUCUUAGGUUAACUUCUCAUGUUUUGGACUUCUUCCAUCAACUACAGAAACCAUAAUAUUCCGCUGUUCCAGUUUUACAAACCCAAUGUUUCUCAAGAUGCACUAUUCACACAAAUGUCUUUGCAACUUCCAUGAUUCAUCGAUGUUAGCUUUUCCUUGAGUUGACUCUCUUUUUCUCCAUGAGAGUAAGCAUAAUUUUUACCAAAGUAGCUGCUACAUGUUUUAGAUCAUUUUCUGGGUUCUUUUCAUUUUCUGGGUUUCAUUCCUCUCUGCAUGUGUAAAUUUUGUGUAGUAUGGGCGGUUGCAGUUAGGCGAUUGUAUAUGUAAAAUAAUUGGCAAUGUUUAUGCCUAACUUUGGGCUUUAUUUUGUAAUUAAAUACAAAUAACACAAUUCUCUCUUUAAAAACAGUUGGAAACCAAGUAUUUAAUGAAUGAUUCAAUUUGACAUUGUUUCAGAGAAAAUGUAAUUAUAAGUGGGGAAAAUAAAAAAUUGAAAACCUA